CGUCAGGAGGAAGGAGUGGAUGUGUGUGAGUGCGAGUUCAUGCUCCGGGGUGCUGCAUGUUCACACACACUCACACACCCCAAAUAGCUUAAGUCCCUUUUUGCCCGCCGGCUCCAAGAAACGGGGUACAAAGGAAAGAAGGGGAGAGCUGCCGGACCCAGGCUGAGUCCACAGCCCAAGGCACAGACAUCUAUCUCCAGGAAAAUCUGGGGGGUCCAUCCAUAGUCUGCACAGCUCUGUUUAAUCAAAUUUCAGCUGUUUGAAGAUACACCUGCCAUUGGGCUUCUCCACCAUGUCUUCUGAGCCCACCUCGCCCCCAGUAGUGCCUCCUCUGCACUCCCCGAAGUCUCCCGUCUGGCCUACCUUCCCCUUCCACCGCGAGGGGAGCCGGAUCUGGGAUCGGGGCAGCAACCUCCUGCUCAGAGACCUGCCCAGCCCCCUCCCCACCAAGAGAACCAGGACCUAUUCUGCCACCGCUCGAGCCUCGGCUGGGCCUGUAUUCAAGGGCGUCUGCAAGCAGUUUUCACGUUCCCAGGGCCAUGGCUUCAUCACCCCAGAGAAUGGCACAGAAGAUAUAUUUGUCCACGUGUCUGACAUCGAGGGGGAAUAUGUGCCCGUGGAGGGAGACGAGGUGACCUACAAGAUGUGCCCCAUCCCGCCGAAAAACCAGAAGUUCCAGGCCGUGGAGGUGGUGCUGACCCACCUGGCCCCCCACACUAAGCACGAGACGUGGUCCGGCCAGAUCAUCGGCUCCUAGGCCGUAGCGCCGGGGCAGGGAGGGGCAGGAAGGGGACCCUCUCUGUUCGAGCCCACCUGCCCCAAGUAGGGGGAGGCGGGGCGAGUGAGGGGGAGCCCGCCUGGGGUUGGGAAGGACUCGGAGGGAAGGGAGAAAGCAGGAGGCGAGCACAGGGGCAGCCCAUGCCGGCCUGGCACUUUUCUGCAAGCGCGGCUCCCUCCCAGUCCUGUAGAACUUUUCAUGUAUGUGUGUACGUGGUGUUAUUUUCCCCGUUUGUACCGUUGUCCAAGCUCUGGGGAGAUCCAGACUGAGCCGACAGACUUGAAAAGAGCUUCCCUCUUCUCCCCAGCUCCAGCUUCCUCUCGUCCCCGGAUCCCCCGGGGGUCUCCUCUUCCUGGGACCAGGGGAAGGUGUUAGCCAGAAGACAGCCUGGUCUUCCCUGCUCUCUCCCUCCCCCUCUGCUUCUCCCACAACUUCAUUGUGAGUCCUUCGGGUGGAGAAUCACAAAUGGAGUCUCAGCUUCCCUUUGUACCCUUCCCCUCCUCCAUUCCCCUUUAUUCCUAGGAGAAGCAGUCCCUGGAGAAUGGCAGGACCUGAGCCCCUGCCGCCUGCACAGCUCUCUCUCAUCUCCCCAACCCCCUGCCUGGGGGGCUAAAGGACCUCAGUUGUUUUUGUGAACACCCCCCUCCCCACUAGCACGGAGGAAGGGGGGAGACAGAAAGCAUGAACUGUAUCUACACCCCACCUCCCACUGUCUGGGGGCAGGAGGAGGGGCUGCCUCUGCUCUCCUUGUUACCGAUCUGGGACUCCAUCGCGAGUGUGUCACCCUCGGGGGAGAGCCCCGCUCAGCACUGUGCCAUUCCACCUCCGCACGGGUCCCCCCUGGAUCAGUGGCUCCCAUAGCGUCCCCCAACCAGUGGCUCCCGUGGCCCCCCGGACUAGUGGCUCCCGUGGCCCCCCCCGGACCAGUGGCUCCCAUGGCCCCCCCAACCAGUGGCUCCCGUGGCCCCCCAAUCAGUGGCUCCCGUGGCCCCCAGACUGUCUCUGUAGCGCUAACACCGGCGGCCUCGCUUCCCUGUGUCCCCUGCGUUUCCCGACUCCCCUUCCCCUCAGUUGCCACACUGAUGUAAUGCUCUGUAGAUUCUGGUCAGACUUAGUGAGCCCAGGAGGCUUAGCUAGGGUUGGGGGGGAUGUUUGUGGUUAGUGUCAGGUACAACUCUCAUGCCAGGAGCUGGAACGGGUCCCCCCCUGCCCAGGACGCAAGCUCCCCUUGGGUCCGCCAGAUAAGGGAGGGGAGGGCAACAGCUGAGUCUAGACCAGGAGCCCACUGCUCUGAGAGAAGGGCAAAGCCGCCUUCCCGGCCCUUGAGACGGUGACGCAGGGUAACUUUUAUUUGGGUGGGAGAAGGGCUCCUGAAAGCAGGGCACCGACAGAGAAAGGGAUGGCACCUCAUUUGGAUCCUCCUGGAAAAUAGGCAAGGUGGAAUCGUUCCCAUUGGACGAGGGAAAUGACUUGCCAGGAUCUUGCAGCUCUUAAAUAGGCCAGGUCUCUGACCUGCUCCGGCACCCGCUUACUGAGCUGAGUCAUCUUCCUUGGGGGACUGCUGCCCCUUUCCCAUCAGGGCAGCCGCGGGCUGCCCCCUCCUUGUCUGGGAAUCCUCCCUCUGGCCCCAGCCCCAGUUGAAAGGAUCCCAGAAAUUCCCAUCGAGUCCGAUGGAUGGAGACGUAGGUUAGCCACCCCUUCCCGUGAGUUCUCGAGGUCACUCACAGGGUUAGACUGUAGCAAGCCUCUUUCUCGCCCUCCCCUCUGGGCCCAUGGGGGCUCCUCCCUGCCUAGCUUGAUCCAGCAGGAAAGAGGGGGUGGCUCCCACCCUUUGGAGGCCCUCCUUGCCUAGCCUCUGCUCCCCUCGGGUGUAGGGAGGACAGCACCUCCCUUCUCUCUACUGCCCCUUCUCUUAUCCCCCUAGAAACCAUGGUGUGUCUUUGAAACUUCCGUGUGGUUCCCACCCAGAGGACCUGGCGUCCAUCUUUGUAACACUGGCAAUAAACCAUUAGGAGUGGC